AUGAAGGUCGAUAACGGCGAGAUGGGGUUCUUAGGUGGGGAUAGUGGCGAUCGAUUGGUGGGGCGCGGCACAGGCCAGUGGUUGCUGGCCACGCGGUCGGCACUACAGGGAGGAAGCACGACGGAGAUUAGGAAGAUGCGACCCACACUAAUGGGGGGGCAACAAAUUAGGAUGCUGGGAAUGAGAGGGGGAGAGGGAAUUGGUGAGACUAGGGUGAAGGAGCAGUGGGUCGCAGUGAGGGCUAUGGCUGAUGCGGUGGAGGUCGAGGUUGUCGUGUACCUGAGUGGGAGGCGACAUAGGCUGGCCAGUGUGGAGGCAAGGGGUUCGCAGUUUUUGCUCCCGAGGGUGGUGCGGUGGUGA